AUGGAUUGGAAAAAAUUAUUCAAGUUCUCCGAAUCGCAAGACCUUGAAUAUUUUCCCCCAAAUGUUCGAGAUGGAACCCCGUUCGUUCUUCCCUCUCCAGAGAUUAUUGAAGCUGGAAUUUCCGAAUGGAGAUUGUCGUUGGUGGGUCAGUUCCUUGGAGCCACACCAAGCUUCGCUUCUCUGCAAAGAAUCGUUGACAGCUUAUGGAGUAAAACCUUAGGGGGUUCGCGGGUCCAAGUUAGUUAUGCUGGUAAUAAUUUAUUUAUCUUCUCGUUUGAUAGUGAAUCGGCUAGGGAUUGGGUGCUUGUUAAUGGGCCAUGGCAUGUUCAGAACAAAACCCUGAUCCUUAGAAAGUGGGAACCAAGCUUUAAAUCCUUUAGUUUCAACUUAACAAAGAUCCUUGUUUGGGUUCAUCUGUUUAAUGUUCCCUUAGAACUUUUCUCCCGAGUUGGCCUUAGUUACAUAGCUAGUGCCAUUGGCAUCCCUCUCUCAAUGGACAAUAUAAUUGCUUUAAAAUCUAGGCUAGAGUUUGCUAAAGUCUAUGUUGAAAUCGGGGUUAAUGAUACCAUACCAAAGUUUAUAGAUGUUGCUAUCAAAGAUGGUCAAAAAACCUCGAUUUACGUUGAGGUUCCAUGGCUGCCACCUUCAUGCAAGAAGUGUAAAGUGUUCGGGCAUAAUGAAAAAGGAUACCAACACAAGCCCAAUGCUACCCCUGCUGUUGCUCAAGUCUGGAAAAAGAAGGGAGAAACUGUUGCUAAUUCGGCUGUUAUUCUUGUUGGAGGAGUCGAAACUCUUCAAGAACCAGCUUGUAAUGAUGGUAUUGAAGCUAAAGAUAAUAUUCAGUAA